GUUGAGCGCAUGCGCUGAGCUUUUGGCUACAAUCCAUUUGUUACAUCUUUUGUGAGAUCAGUCCAAAUUUAAACAACGGAUUUGAUCAGACGUAAGGAAACACGCAGCGGUUUCUCUCAACAUGACAUCACGUGUAGGUCCUAGAGCUGAGGGUACCAAUGGUACUCACUUUAAACACAGAGAAAAGGUGGCGCCACACUACCAAAUGAGUGCUUCUCUGAAGUCAGAGGUACGGAAGUUAAACUUGGUCCACCUUCUGAUCUGGCUGCUGGUUGCUGCACAGGUGACUGUCAGCCACCUCAACCUAGUGUCACAUGACACAGUAUCCAUGCCAUACCAGUGGGAGUACCCCUACUUGCUCAGUCUCCUUCCUCUGCUCUGCAGCAGUCUGUCACUUCCAAAGAACAAUAUCAGUUACCUGGUCAUAUCCAUGAUCAGCGCAGGGCUGUUCACUGUAGCACCUCUUAUUUAUGGUGGAAUGGAGAUGUUUCCUGUAGCACAGCAGCUCUACCGCCAUGGAAAGGCCUACCGCUUCAUUUUUGGCUUUUCUGCAGUGACAGUUAUGUACCUCAUCAUGGUGGUUGCUGUUCAAGUGCAUGCCUGGCAGUUAUAUUACAUGAAAAAACUGUUAGACUCAUGGUUCAGUGCCACAGAGGAGAAGAAGAAGAAAUAAUGGAGUGAAGAAAGCUGUGACUGGGCUGAACUGUGUUUUUUAAUUUAAAAAUGAGUUAUGAGACUUAUUCAUGUCUAUUUAUUCAGUUAUCAAUAUCAUAACAUACUGUAGAAACCAGUGUUCUCUCACAGAUAGAUAUAAGAUGGAGUAAGAUGUACAAUUUAUGCUGAAACCUGUUUUUUUUUGUUGUCACAAUUAUUGACAAGUGUCAUUGGAAUUCAAUCACCUUGUACCCUCUCCAUCACUGAGUCUGGGCUGCUGAUUUUUUCCAAACAGAAAAAGAGGUCAUUUAGGACCACAUCAUUGUUGUCAUCCCUAUAAAGAUGUUGCCAUGAUUUGAACAGAAAAGAUGUAGAGGUGUUUAUACUCAUAAAACAGAGUGAAGGCAUGAACUGUUCCAACAUAUACAGUCCUGUGCAAAAAUGUUAACCUCUUCUGAUGUUUAGAUUCUUAUCCAUCAUGCAGUACCACCAGGGAGGUGUCUAUAAGGUGUCAUGCAACAGAUGGUAUGGCCCUCAGAGUGGCCUGAUCUCAACAUCAUCCAGUCAGUCUGUUUUUAAAAACAUCCUAACUUUAUAAUGCCUAAAACUAUUGCACAGUUCUGUAAAGUUUGCUCAGAAAAUGCCAGUGUAUGUGUUUAGGAAGUGGUUUUCCAUUGCUGCAGGUGUCCUGAUUGUUUUCUCCUUCAUUAAGUCUACCUCUUACAAUGUCAGUUAUGUUUUCAGUUAUUUUUAUUUAGCAUCAGAAAGCCAGUGUAUUCAGCCUGUGCACAUGAAUAACAUAUGCAUUGUAAACCAAAUAAAAUUAAACGAAUGCUCUUCAA